CAUCUACCUUAGGGAAGAAGAAGAAGGAGAAGAACAAGAAGAGGGAGGGAAAGAAGAAGAGGAGCGUCCCUCACAGGAGCCUCACACACUUUCCUGGCCCGACGCGAACAACAAGGACGUUUAUCUUCUUCUUUGCGACAAUUUGAUCUGAAUUAGAAAGUGGAGCUUCCAUGCGUUGAAGCCUCCAACCAGGCUGGCCUCAUGGAUUUGUACCUGAUUGGAUAUUUGCUGUGCGCGUUGCUGUGCGGCUCGCGGGUGCUGGGAGGCUAUCCCAUUUGGUGGUCCCUAGCCCUGGGGCAGCAGUACUCAUCUUUGGGUACCCAACCCAUCCUGUGCGGCUCCAUCCCAGGUCUGGUACCCAAGCAGCUCCGCUUCUGCCGCAACUACAUCGAGAUCAUGCCCAGCGUGGCCGAGGGCGUCAAACUGGGCAUCCAGGAGUGCCAGCACCAGUUCCGGGGGCGCCGCUGGAACUGCACCACCAUCAAGGAUAACCUGGCCAUCUUCGGCCCGGUGCUAGAUAAAGCAACCAGAGAGUCGGCGUUUGUGCACGCCAUCGCCUCGGCCGGCGUGGCCUUCGCCGUGACUCGUUCCUGCGCCGAAGGCACGUCCACCAUGUGCGGCUGCGAUUCCCAUCACAAGGGACCGCCCGGAGAGGGAUGGAAGUGGGGCGGCUGCAGCGAGGACGCGGAGUUCGGCGUGCUGGUUUCCCGGGAAUUCGCAGACGCUCGGGAGAACCGACCCGACGCCCGCUCGGCCAUGAACCGGCACAACAACGAAGCGGGACGCUCGACUAUCUUGGACCACAUGCAUCUGCGCUGCAAGUGCCACGGUCUGUCGGGGAGCUGCGAGGUCAAAACCUGCUGGUGGGCGCAGCCCGACUUCCGCAUGCUGGGAGACUACCUGAAGGACAAGUACGACAGCGCCUCCGAAAUGGUGGUGGAGAAGCACCGCGAGUCCCGCGGCUGGGUGGAGACCCUGCGUGUCAAGUACGCCUUCUUCAAGCACCCCACCGAGCGUGACCUGGUCUACUACGAGGGUUCGCCCAACUUCUGCGAGCCCAACCAGGAGACGGGAUCCUUCGGGACGCGUGACCGUGCUUGCAACGUGUCGUCGCACGGUAUCGAGGGCUGCGACCUGCUAUGCUGCGGUCGCGGACACAACACCCGGACUGAGAAGCGCAAGGAGAAGUGCCACUGCAUCUUCCACUGGUGCUGCUACGUCAGCUGUCAAGAGUGCAUGCGCGUUUACGACGUGCACACCUGCAAGUGAACGGGGGGGGGGGGAACCGGAGUUUCGCCGUCCCGUUCUCAACCCAACAUCCGGUCCUUGCGCUGGUGGACGCUUCCGACCCUCCCCGAGGUUCACUUCCCACCCCAUUGUCUUUAUUUAUUUCCCCUCUGUGCCAACCACAUGUACAGUAACAUACAAAUGCAGUCAAAACAAACAACAGACAAGAGACUAUUGCUUUGGAAUUCAAAUUAAAGCAUCUAACACCUCAAGUGUCCAACCACUCUGGUUGGAUUUAUGCUUACAAAAAGUGAGGGGUUAUGAGUGAAAACUAACAAACCAGAAUUGCUCUAAAAAUGAACUGUUGUUAGAUUGACCAAACAGUAACAACAACUUUCCUACCGUUCUAAUAACUAAUUCGAGUUUAUAAAUUUACUCAGUGGUUGCUGGCAGCAAUCAAGGCAGCCAAUGAGUAACAGUCAAUGGUUUUACAGUGAGGUACAUGCAAGCUAUGCAGGGUUCCUACAGGUUAUCUCAAGUUAAAUUUAAGACCGUGUAUUUGUGUUAAUUUACUUCUCGAAUGUGGAAUGUGUGCAGCAAGGGCGUAGGUUUGCGUAGGGACGGUAAGGAUAUACACUGCCAACUUUUCAGGAUGCUAAAAUUGUCCCCACCAACCUUUAAGUAACCUUAAAUGCAUUACAGUGGGGCAAAUAAGUAUUUAGUCAACCAACAAUUAUGCAAAUUCUCCUACUUGAAAAGAUUAGAGAGGCCUGUAAUUGUCAACAUGGGUGCACCUCAACCAUGAGAGACGGAAUGUGGGGGGAAAAAAAAAACAGAAAAUCACAUUGUUUGAUUUUUUAAAGAAUUUAUUUCCAAAUUAGUGGAAAAUAAGUAUUUGGUCACAAACAAACAAGCAAGAUUUCUGGCUGUCAGAGGUCUAACGUCUUCUAACAAGGUCUAACGAGGCUCCAAUCGUUACCUGUAUUAAUGGCACCUGUUUUAACUCAUUAUCGGUAUAAAAGACACCUGUCCACAACAUCAGUCAGUCACACUCCAAACUCAACUAUUGCCAAGACCUAAGAGCUGUCGAAGGACACAGAGACAAAAUUGUAGACCUUCACCAGGCUGGGAAGACUGAAUCUGCAAUAGAUAAAACGCUUGGUGUAAAGAAAUCAACUGUGGGAGCAAUUAUUAGAAAAUGGAAGACAUACAAGACCACUGAUAAUCUCCCUCGAUCAGGGGCUCCAUGCAAGAUCUCACCCCGUGGCGUCAAAAUGAUAUCAAGAACGGUGAGCAAAAAUCCCAGAACCACACGGGGAGACCUAGUGAAUGACCUACAGAGAGCUGGGACCACAGUAACAAAGGCUACUAUCGGUAACACAAUGCGCCGCCAGGGACUCGUCCCGCACAGCCAGACGUGUCCCCCUGUUGAAGAAAGUACACGUCCAGGGCCGUCUGCGGUUCGCCAGAGAGCAUUUGGAUGAUCCAGAAUAGGACUGGGAGAAUGUGUUAUGGUCAGAUGAAACCAAAAUAGAACUUUUUGGUAGAAACACAGGUUCUCGUGCUUGGAGGAGAAAGAAUACUGAAUUGCAUCCGAAGAACACCAUACCCACUGUGAAGCAUAGGGGUGGAAACAUCAUGCUUUGGGGCUGUUUUUCUGCAAAGGGACCAGGACGACUGAUCUGUGUAAAGGAAAGAAUGAAUGGGCCAUGUAUCGAAAGAUUUUGAGUGAAAAUCUCCUUCUAUCAGCAAGGGCAUUGAAGAUGAGAAGUGGCUGGGUCUUUCAGCAUGACAAUGAUCCCAAACACACAGCCAGGGCAACAAAGGAGUGGCUCCGUAAGAAGCAUUUCAAGUUCCUGGAGUGGCCUAGCCAGGCUCCAGGUCUCAACCCCAUAGAAAAUCUGUGGAGGGAGCUGAAAGUCCGCGUUGCCCAACGAAAACCCCAAAACAUCACUGCUCUAGAGAUCUGCAUGGAGGAAUGGGCCAAAAUACCAGCAACAAUGUGUGAAAAGCGUGUGAAGUUAUAGAAAACGUUUGGCCUCCGUUACUGCCAACAAAGGGUACAUAACAAAGUAUUGAAAUGAACUUUUGGUCUUGACCAAAUACCUAUUUUCCACCACGAUUUGCAAAUAAAUUCUUUAAAAAACAAACAAUGUGAUUUUCUGUUUUUUUUUUUUCCCACAUUCUGUCUCUCAUGGUUGAGGUUUACCCAUGUUGACAAGUACAGGCCUCUCUAAUAUUUUCUACUUGUGAUAAACUCAUUCCAAUUUACAACAAAACCUUGUUUUUUCUGUUUAUUAGUUGUCUGUAAAAUAUCCUAGAAUGAUUUCCUGACCAAUAUAUCGAUAAUCGUUGUGUCGCUAUAUCGUCAGAUCAUCGUUAUAGUGAGCUUUGUACCGCAAAUCGUAUUGUAUCGUGAGGUACCAAGAGGUUCCCACUCCUAGAUCGAACGAUUAUUAUUUCAUAAAUUAACUCACUGGCUACCUAUUGACAGUGAUAGACGUCCAAUUCAAUUUGAAUGGGAGGACUAUCAGCCUAUCAUCUCACUCAGAAUGGAUCGGACGACUGUCGCCAUCAAUAUUAGAUAUCUCUAUGCCAAUUGCGAACAUGUAUUGCACUGUCAAAGUUUAAAGAUCAUAGUCCACGAUGGACUGUUACUCAUUGUUUGAGCGAAGAAGAAUAGACCUAAAACACUAUCCUUAUUUGGAUUUCUGGUUGCACACACGCAAUUGUUCGAUGUUUUCAGUACUACAGGCUGUUCAAUGAAAAUGAUUGUCUGUAUUAACCACAGGUGUCAAACUCAAAGCCCACAAAAGUAAAUUAUGUGUAUCCCUAAAAUAAAUUUUAAAUGUUCAGUUUCCAAUGAAGAUUGUUAAAUUACAGAGACGAGUAUUUUCUUUUUAACAUUUAAAGCAACACUAGGUAACUUUUCAACCUUUGUAA